AUGGGGGCGCAACAGCUGGAACCCUCAGCGUCGCCGGCCUCAGUGGCUGACUCACGCACGUCUGGGUCGAGGCAGAGCAACAAAAAGCGGGCUCAGAGCCUGAAUCACUUGCUGGCAUUCACCCUACCACCGCGAGAGCCGCCAGCCACAGCACCUCGCCGUCCGCGCCGGCACGAUGGGUUCAGACCAUUUAGUAGAGAGCGUUAUGUGAAUGCUCAGUUCCGUUUCGCAGUCAGGCCGUCUUUCGAUAGCCGACGCCACAUGCAAGAUCCGGACCUCCCGUUGCCCUGGCAGGAUAUCGUCCAGGUGCUAGUGCCUUCGACGGCCGACACAUGGAUGCGGCAUGGAAUGUCAUCGUCUGCAUCGUCUGUUGAUUCGACACAGGCAACGACGUGUCCCAUAUGCCUGUCGCCACCGACGGCGCCUCGCAUGACGCGGUGCGGACACGUGUAUUGCUAUGCGUGCAUUCUGCAUUAUCUCACAGUUGCCGAGAAUGGUAAGGGCACGCGUGGUGUACAACGCUACGUGAAACGAUGCCCAGUGUGUUGGGACGAUGUGAUGGCGCGUGAUUUAAAGUCAGUGCGCUGGAUCGAUGCGCAGUCACUGGCCGACUUACAUACGGCGGCGUUCCUCGAUGGCCGCGGUGAGGUUGGCGACAUGAGCGAUAUUCUUACGCUGCGCCUUAUGGAGCGACCGCAUGACUCAGUGAUAGCUUUGCCGCGCUCCCCGCACUGGCCCGUCGACACGAGCUUGGGUUUACCGUGUACUCAGCCAGAUGCGCUGGCAUUCGCGCGAUGUGUGUUGGCUUCGCGGAGCUUGGUAACAUCGUCACUAGAGUCGGACAUCGCAAGUGUCCAGAAGGACAUGUCACCGCCGCAUGCGUCGUUGUUGGACGAAUUGAGUCUUGAGUUCCUGCGUGUGGCACAUACGCAGUUGAUGGAACAAUGGGAGCAGGCGCAGGCUCUGCCUGAGUCGGUAGGCACCCAGUGUGUGCCGGACGAGCAGCGUCAGGGCAUGUCGUACUUCUACUAUCAGGCAGCGUCAGGGCAGAACGUGUUUAUCCACCCAAUCGACAUUAAGGUGCUUCUAUCGCAUUUUGGGACAUACGCAGCGUUUCCAGAUACGCUCAUGGUCGCUGUGCAGCACGCCGAGGAAGGCACCGUCGACGAGUCACUUCGCAAAAAGUGUAAGUACAUGGCGCAUUUGCCUAUGUCAGCGGACGUGACGUUCGUCGAGAUUGACUGGGCACGCACGUCUUCAGUGUUAGGCCAAAUUCAGGGCGAUAUUCCGUGGAAGUCAUGGAGCUCGACCCUGGCGCAACGCAGACAGCGGCAUCACGAAAAGGCUACGAAGGAAGAACGUGCUCGUAUUCGGGCUGACAAAGACACUAAGAAUACAAUGCUCAAGAGCUCAUCAAGAGGGGGCUCUGCAAGUGACGCAGCCCGCGAUACGAGUGGUAUGUCGUUUCGCGAAUCGGCUAUGGUUGGUGCAGAAAUGUACUUUCCUAUCCAUCCUGGAAGGCUUGCAGAUGACCCUGAUGUGGUAUUCCCCAGUGUAACCUCGCAUCCCCCAAAUCAUGUGCCAAACGAUGGCCCACGAACGGUGUGGGGUACUCCGGCCACUGCCACUAUGCCUACGCCUUCACAAGGCGCGCGGGACGUGGAUGAGGCGUGGAAUGCCCUCGAGGCUCGUGCACAGGAUGAUGCAUCAAUGCCGCCUUCGGGUACGAAGCAGCGGCCAAAGCGCAAGCCCAAGCUUAUUCUCACAGGAGGCGGGCGUGGCGCAUUGUAG